GUAAGAAGUAAUAAUGUACAUUUAUAACGUUUCAUUCGAAGAAUUAGUUUGUCAAAGAAAAUCAUGGACUUGCCACCAAUCAUUUGUAUGUUCGUUUUGAUAAUUGUUACUGCUAAUGGGCAGAUAAACCGUUACAUAAACCCCGCAUGGCUGGAAAUGGAUGCAAACAGCGAAUACUAUCCCGGUGGUGAAGUAAUAAGUCAAAUCCUUCAAUCUUACGGAUUAGGAGAUAUUAUUGGACCUUCACGGUAUAGAUCAACUACAGUUCUUGAUCGGAAUGGCUAUGGAAGAUCUUAUCCAAGAAACCGAAUUGUAAAUAAUUUGAACAAUGCAUACUAUGACUCCGAUCCUCUAGCCCAGGAAUACCUUGAUCGUAAUUACGAUUACAUCGACAACACAAUCAGAGGUUCUAAUAAUAGAUAUCGAAGCAGUUUUCUCGACAUUCCUAGGAGAACCAGGAUUAAUACUAAUAUGGUUUCACUGCCGAGGACAACUUACUAUUUAUCGGACCGAGAUUUACCCACAGCAUCUUACACUAGGUCCAGGUCAGUUGCUGGUGAUCCAAUCAUGUCCCAAGAGUUAUUACUAAGAGAUCGAGAUACAACAAGGGUUUUCCCGAGAUCUACUGUUGCUCCAGAUACAAAUGAAAAACGUAAACCGUAAUAGCAGACUUCGUUUCAUAUAUGCAAUCAAAUUUGUACAAUAUAUACACUGUGGUUUGAAAUAACAAUUCGUGAUAUAUUUAAGUUACGUAUUUUCAGUCUAGAUAUGAUUUUGUAUUAUACAGUCGGUGCAUAAUAAAUUCAUUUCUUUCACGUUUCGCAUAU